GCUGAGGGGUAAUAAUAGAGCUCCAGUGAAGUAUCCAACGCGAAGCUUGGUGUUACCAACGAAAGAAAGGAAGCGGAUUAUCACAUUUUACGAACAUAUUCGGGAAUAAUAUGGAUGUAUAAAGGAUCAUAAGUGUUGUUACAUACAUCGAGAACAUCGAAACGGAUCUUCACCAAUUGGAGCAUUAACAUGGAAAUGACUUGAGGCUUGACUUUUCACGUGGAUAGAUGAAUGCAUGAUCAAGCAUCAUGUAGUUUGUCUUCUCGUGUUGGCAAUCUCCAUGUGAGGUCCAUGGACACAUCUUGAUGAAUUAUAGUGGAACAUUCCAACUAAACCGACCUAAAAGAGUAAGACGGCAAACAGUAAGCGGGGACAUGGAUGAAAGUGCGGAGGAUGACCAAAAGCAAAGGGAGGAGAUGGAGGAGGCGUAUCGUAAGAUGUUGAUGGAGCUUGAGAGUGAUGAUGAUGAGGAAGAAGAAGGGCCAGUCCAAGUGGAGAAGGAAAAUGAAGAGAAGGAAAGGAAGCCUCAACGAGAGGUGAAAGGGGCGGACGAUAAGCGUCCACUCUUGAAUGAAUCGUUGGGUGGAUCAUUGGGGAUCUCACUCGUAGAGAGACAUAGCACUCCGCCUCCACCAUCCAUUGUCGUGAUGGAGGAUAAACCAGAUGUAACUAUUACAGUUGAUGAACCCAAACAGGAGGAACAAAAUGUUCUCAUUGACGAUAGAAAGAACUCAUUACCUAAUGGUGGUAGGAAUUCUCCUCAUGGAAGAACUUCACCAAAUGGGAGAAGCUCGCCAAAUGGCCCAACCUCACCAACUUCACCUAAUGGUAGGGCUUCACCUAUUAAUGGGAGAACUUCUCCUCUAAAAAACAACAGGGUUGAACCUAUUAAUGAGAAACAGUUACCUCAUGAAAUGCAUACCAACAAAAACAAUAACAUCCAUUCCUUUCUGACGGACAACACGCAGGCGUUUGAGAAGCCCCAUCAGACAAGCAAUGGGAAGGUUUCGACUCCUGAUAGUGGCGUUGAUUCGUUGGGUUCGGAGAAGAGAUCCUCCGUAAAAACAAUUAGUGAUUCCAGUGAGAAAUCCAGAAAAUCUAGUCAUACAAAUAAAGUUUUUGUGAGAACAUUCAAGCAGAGAGCUAGUCAAGAGAACUUUGCAUUGUAUGGACUUCUUACUCCAGCCUUAGUCCUGGUACCAAAGAUCGAUGGGCACGAUGCCCUGACUGAGACGUUUACUGAGUUGAAGGGAGAAGAUCGUGAAUUGAAGCUGGCAGCAGCUCAUAUUGAUGAUGCAAUCAGUGGAAGGGGAAAAUAUGGCAAAGCUAGAGCUUUCUUUAAGUCUAAGCAGGGAAGAUGGUGCUUCAAGAUGAUCAACAACAAGUAUUUCAAGUAUCUAGUAUUGUUAAUGGCUACAGUUCAUCUUAUUCUCACCUUUUUUGAACCACCCUCUUCAAUGUCUACGUCACCUGCCAUUCUUGCAAUAACUCCAUUAUGCAUCUUAGUCUAUGCUGCUGAUGUAGGGGUACAUAUGGGCUUCUUAUCUUGGCCUGUAUUUUGGUCAUUAGAUGAAAACAGAUGGAUAAGGAGAGAGUUUGUAUUCACCUGUAUGUAUAUCAUAGACUAUGCGAUGUUGGUCACACAAACUUUUGUAGAUGUGCGUUUGGCUCAACCAUUUCGAUGUCUGCGGGCAGCCAUCAUUCUGUGCAAGCUGAACAACGUACAACACAUCUGGGAUGUUGUUAUGUCAAUUGUUAUUAAACUGGGAAAGGUAUUUGUCAUCAUUAUUGUAUUCAUCAUCUUGUUCUCUGCUAUUGGAGUACAUCUAUACACAGACACAUAUCACAACAUAGAACAGGAAACUUCAAACUGUACAGGCAACUCAACAAAUGUAUAUGUUGGAGCCUUUGAUCAUGUUGGUAUUACAUCUCUGAGGUUAUUUGUGCUACUGUCUACAGAGAACUAUCCAGAUCUAAUGAUUCCAGCCUAUUCAACAAGCCAUUGGAACUUCCUCUACUUCGGAAUCUUUCUUUUUGUCGGUGUUUUCUUUCUUACUGCCAUCAUGCUAGCUAUUAUUGUGGAUAGCUACUGGUCAUUUGCCAAGAAGCAUGUGAAGAAAGAGAGAGCAAGAGAGAGGGCAGAAUUGGCAAAAGCUUGGAACCUUUUGGAUCCUCUCGGUCAAGGGAGCCUUCCAAAGGACGAUGGGAGAUUUUUGAAACUCCUCAGAAUUCUCAAACCACAUCACACAGAAGAGAUGAAUCUCCAGUUGAUUGACUACUUAGAUCAUAAUGAUGAUGGUCAAAUAGACUCAUUACAAUGGACUAUAAGACUCAAUGAAGCUCUCUCAUUUGAAUUUGAAGAAGAUAAAUUUUAUGAUAUGGAUACCAAUAGUUCUAGAUAUGUGUAUGCCAUCCAGUCAUUCAGCCAAAAGAUUGUCAGAUCAAGCAUUUAUUCAAAGAUAUUGCUUGUGCUCAUCCUUCUUCACAGUAUCCUGUUCUGUUUGAGGUGGCAUGACAUGGAUGAAAUGGCUCGAAUGACCAUCCAGAUCCUCAAGACUACCAUUUUAUCCAUCUUUGCAGUGGAAGUCUUGCUUCGCAUCAUGUCAGAAGGAAAGAACCUGAUGCAGGUUGUAGAGAUCUUAGAUAUCAUCUUGAUUGUAAUAGGUUUAGCUUCCAACAUACCUAUCUACUUCAUAACACCCAACUACUAUGGUUUAUGCAACAUUAUUUCCGGACUUGCUGUGACAUUCCGGUUGGGCUUCAACUCAGCUCAGGCCAAGAAAGUUGUGAUCCUCUUCUCAACCAAAGUAUUUCCUGUCAUGUUUGAUCUGAUCAUACUUGUCUUCAUUAUUAUCUUCUUUGCAUCGGUGCUGGGAUGGGAGUUGUUUUAUGGUAUUACUCCAGAUACAAGCUAUGAUGCAGGGGUGUACAGCUAUAACUGUGGUAUUGGCUUCGAUUCUUUCUCAUGUUCAUUGUUGAUGGUGUUUCAGAUCGUAACCACAAGCAACUGGCAUGAGAUUAUGAACGCUGCAAUGGUUGCUACAACACAAUGGGCAUGUAUCUACUUUGUUGGUUGCUUUACAACUAUCAAUUUGGUUGUCAUGAAUUUAUUUGUUGCCAUUGCUAUUGAAGCAUUCAAUAAGCUUGGUACAGAGAAAGAGACAGAAAAGGAAACAAAUCAAGAGAAGACUGACAAUCAAGAGGAAAGUUUUGCCGGUUCAGCAAUGACAUUCAUCAACAACCUGUUUGAAAGCUCAAGGACCGAACAGGAAAAGGAGAAACUUUCUCAGAGGCCAACAGGCAGUCCAAGAAUGAGAAGACCCAGUAGAGUGCCUGUGAUUCAGGAAGAGGAAGAAGAACAAGAAGAGGAUCUCAGUGGAUUAAGCAGGGAGGAAAGAAAGAAGAGACAGAUGAAGAAAAGAAGAGAGAAGAGAAAGAAUAAAGUGAAGACAAUGAUCUUGGUCAUGACAGCAUUCAGGGCCACCAAAGAUUCUGAGCUGAACCUCAAUGUCGGAGAGGAAAUAGAAGUCGUUGGCAAGCAAGAUGAAUGGUGGGAAGGACGCAAGGACAGUGAAGAACAGGGAUGGUUUCCUGCAUCUCAUGUCAAAGAGAUAUCAAGAAGUCAACCUCCUCCUGUUCCAACUCCUUUUGCACAGCGCCCUCAUGUUACCCGUAAGGCAACGCAGGAAAGCAUCAAGUCUGGUAGCUUUAGUGAAACGGAUUUCUUCCCAUUGAACACAGCAUUGAAUUCUACCCAGGAUAGACUGAUGUCAACCUCAGGAUCUACAAACAGCCUUGAUUCUACAGCAAAGAGACCAAAGCUGAAAUUAAAGAAUACAUCAGGAGGAAACUGGAGGAAGGAGAUUCUAGGAGAUAUCACUGUUAUGAACCCACAAGAGCUGAAGGAGUUGAAUAAGAUCCUGAAAUCACAACACACAAUGAAUGCCAAGUCUCACAGUUUAGGAGGUAGUUUACGAAGACAACCUGCCAUAUCAGAGAGCAUAGAGGAAGAAAGUGAGCCAGCAUCUAAUAUUCCACCUCCUCCUAUAAUCAGUGUCCAGCAUGCACCAGCAAUUCCUCAGAUCAUUGAGGAGGAAGAACCAGAAGAACCAGAUAAAGGUGAUAGUGGCAAUGAAGGUGAUACUGAAAACACACUGACUGUUGAGAAACCAGAACUACCGAAGGAAUUGAAGAAGAAAAGAAACAAGGAGCAGACUAAAAAUGGAGAGAUGCCGUCUUGGGCGACAAAGUUUCUCCAAUCUAAUAACAUCAAGGCAUCCAUGGAUCUUGGCUCUAAUGACGCUCAGUCUGGAUCUUCAGAUGAGAAAGAAAAACCUGCCGUUGCAGAAGAUCAAGUAUAGCAGACCUCGUCUUAAAGCUAAUUAAGGAUUCAGAUGUAGAUUGCAAUUGAAGUCACAAAUGCUAUUAAAGAAUUACAUGUAUGUGAUGUGGGGAGGGGUGAUAGGCACAAAAGAAAUCAGACGAAACUACACAUUUAUAGGUGCCUUUGAAAUGUUUUUAGAAAAUAGAUAUUCAGUUUGAGGAAUGACUUUUUCUCCUUUAUUUUGGAGACUGGAAAUUGCUUUCUGGGACUCUGAAAGUCCACUCAUGUCCAUUUACCUUAGAUUAUGUCAAUUGGCUAUAAUUUUCAUAUCUUCUCAAAUUUGUGAAACUACUGAUUCGGUAUUUUUACA